AUGAAUGGAUAUGCAAAAACAAACGGUCACAGUUAUGAUAUGGAAGAUGGAUCAGUGUUUUUAUUUACAUCAGAAUCUGUUGGCGAGGGACAUCCAGAUAAAAUGUGUGAUCAAAUAAGUGACGCAGUUCUCGAUGCGCAUUUAAUACAAGAUCCUGAUGCAAAGGUGGCAUGUGAAACUGUCACUAAGACGGGGAUGGUCCUUCUGUGUGGUGAAAUUACAUCAAAAGCUAACGUUGACUAUCAAAAAGGUUUUGAUUGGCGUACACUAAACUUGUUAGUGGCUAUUGAAGAGCAAAGCCCAGACAUAGCAGAUGGGGUUUAUCGAAACAGAGAGGAAAUAGAUUUUGGGGCUGGAGAUCAGGGAUUGAUGUUUGGAUACGCUACUGAUGAAACCGAAGAAUGUAUGCCUCUCACUGUAGUGCUUGCUCACAAACUCAAUCAAAAAAUUGCUGAACUUAGGCGAAAUGGUGAAUUUUGGUGGGCUCGACCAGAUUCUAAGUCACAGGUUACUUGUGAAUAUGUAUUUGCUGGUGGUGCAACAGUGCCCCAAAGAGUACACACAGUUGUUGUUUCUCUGCAACAUUCUGAAAAGGUAACUUUGGAGACACUUCGUGAAGAAAUAAGAGAAAAAGUGAUUAAGGAAGUGAUCCCUGCACAGUACUUUGAUGACAGAACAAUUGUUCAUAUCAAUCCGUCUGGACUUUUCAUAAUUGGUGGACCUCAGUCGGACGCGGGGCUGACGGGGCGUAAGAUCAUCGUGGACACGUACGGCGGGUGGGGCGCGCACGGCGGCGGCGCGUUCUCGGGCAAGGACUUCACCAAGGUGGACCGCUCGGCCGCGUACGCCGCGCGCUGGGUCGCCAAGUCGCUCGUGCGCGCCGGCCUGUGCCGCCGCUGCAUGGUGCAGGUUGCAUACGCAAUUGGUGUAGCCGAGCCAUUGUCAAUCACGGUUUUCGAUUAUGGUACAUCUCACAAGACUCAGCAAGAACUUCUCGCUAUUGUGCAGAAGAAUUUUGAUCUCCGGCCCGGCAAAAUUGUUAAAGAGCUCAAUCUUAAAGCGCCGAUAUAUCAAAAAACCAGUACUUAUGGACACUUCGGUCGAGAAGGAUUCCCAUGGGAGAACCCGAAACCACUUAUUGUGGAUUGA